UGAAGGAGCUUGGGAAACAGCAGUGUGGUGAGGACAGAGAGAGAAUUUCCUGCUGGUUACGAGGUGUGGACACAUUCCUGUGACAAGCUGAGAUGGUCUCAACCUGUGUUGCCAUGCUAAGCUUUAAUCUGUGGCAGAAGAUCCUCAGGUUUUCUGAGUUCCCAAAGGUGUUGCCAAUCUUUUUUCCACCUUCCAGAAAGUAGCUGCUGAAGGUGCCAAUUGAGAGCGAGAUUGCUAACCUCUGAGCUGGGAGAGAGUUUAUAGCUGCUGAAGGACACUAUCACAAGGAGGAUCCCCAGAAAGGGAUAAGGUUGAAAAUGGAGAACGUGUCUCGGAGUACGCCGCAGAAGGCUUCUAUUUCCAGACUUACUGUCUCUGGCCGCCCUUGGAGCACUGUCACCCCAUUGCAGUGAGCAGAAGGCAACUCUUGUUAGGUGCUGUACGGAGCGCGCAGUGUCACUGGUGUCUCUACAGAAGCAUGGCAGAGUGCUACAUUGGCCUUGCUCACAGCUGGGAGGAGGACAGCUGCGCAAGCAGGAGCUGGGAGAAGGGAAGUUUUGCGCUCUUCACGCUGCAGGGAAAACCUCUUUGCAUAAACUCUGCUCACAGCACCCUGUGUUGACACUGGCUCCAGAAGACAACAGUGUCUGACCACUUCUUCUUUCAAGUUUGCUUUAAUCAAGAAGCCAGUCAAAGUUCACUGAGAAUGGUUUAGAAACCGAUCCCAUUAAAAAAUACACGGUAUGGUCAGCAGAGAAAUUAACCCGAUGCCUUGAAAAGAUACAUUGAUGAUGCACAUCAAAUAAGCUGCACUAAAAGAAGGUUAUUAACAUCCUGCAGCAAGUCGUCAUGUCAGCCUAAAGGUUUGUGGAAGAAAUAAGCAAUACAUGAAACUGGAUGAAAUUAAGUUUUCCAUCUAUUCAUUUGGGACCCUGAUGAAUGAUAUACAGGGAGAGGUAGAAGAUGGUGAAUUUGACAGACAAUGCAACUAAGUGCACUAUUAAUCAUGAUAUCCACCAGACGUUAUCCCCUGUGGUAUACAUAUUUGUAUUUAUAUUAGGCUUGCCAGCUAACUGCCUGUCACUGUACUAUGGGUAUUUACAGAUCAAGGCUAAAAAUGAAUUGGGUAUCUACCUUUGCAAUUUGACUGUAGCAGACCUGCUCUACAUAUUUUCUUUGCCUUUCUGGCUUCAGUAUGUUUUACAGCAUGACAAUUGGACCUACGAUGAGAUGCUGUGCAAAAUUUGUGGCAUCCUCUUGUACGAGAAUAUCUAUAUCAGCGUGGGCUUCCUCUGCUGCAUCUCCAUCGACCGCUAUCUCGCAGUAGUGCACCCUUUUCGAUUUCAACCGUUUCGGACGAUGAAGGCUGCUGUGAUUGUGAGCAUCAUUAUCUGGACCAAAGAAAUAAUGACAUGUUGCUUUGUCUUUACGCACGGGGAGAUCAGUAUGGAUGCCGAGAGCCACGUGGUGUGCUUCGAGCAUUACCCCAUCAAAGAAUGGGAGCACAACGUCAAUUACUACCGCUUCUCUGCUGGCUUCCUGUUCCCCUUCUUUCUGCUGGCCUUCUCUUACUGUGGGAUUUUACGAGUUGUCCACAAGAGUCACGGAACUCAAAAGAAGAAGAAAAUCCAAAUUAAACGACUGGUUUCAAGCACUGUUUUCAUUUUUUUAGUUUGCUUUGGACCAUACCACAUUCUACUUGUGGUUCGCAGCUUGUUGGAGAACAACUGCUCAUUUGCUGAGAAAAUAUUUAAUAUUUACCACGUUUCUCUCCUGUUGACUACUUUUAACUGUGUUGCUGAUCCGGUAUUGUACUGUUUUUCCAGUGAAAGCACUUACCAGAACUUUGCCAAGAUGCGAGACUCUUGUUUAACCUGUUUAGGGUGUCUGAAGACUGAGACGAAGGAAUUGUAUCCACUGAAUGCUCCAGAAACUCCUAACAGGCCACAACACGAGCAACAACCAGGGUUAUUACAAAUAUCACAUGAUAGUACUGGAAUGAAAGAUUCCACAACUACCAUGGUCAGCCUAUAACAUUCAUCAAAAAAGGACGCUAAUCUAAAAUUUGCAGCUAUGGCCAUGUUUGUGUAUCCAUCUGAUUUAUCCAUGUAUUAGAACUGUGUUACCUCCCAAAGGCUUAAUCGCAAUGCAGCACAGUGAGGUCGUUUCUGGAGGUGCUUGGACCUUGGCAAUAGUGAGGAAAGCACAUGCUAAGUCAGUUCAGUUACAAUCACGUGUCUGUUGUCAUUGUGGUACCACUCAAAACCUGUUGUCUUGAUGACUGCAUCGACUGGAAUAAGCUAAUACUCAUGGUGUGUGGUUCUGUUGAAUUUGUUUUAACUGCUCUCUGUUUGCCAUCUAGAGAAAACAAUUCUCUACAAGCUGUCAUCAUCUGUUGAAACGGUUGGAGGCAGAACAAAUUAAAUGUCCGCACGUGUACUUUUAAAAAGAAAAAAGAAAAAAAAUUGCAUUUCUGUAACAUCCCUGUAACUCUCUGACAUAACUUCUCCUUCAGCCAGUUUCAAGGCCCAUGGAGACUGUGCCAGAACCAACCUCCUAAAACAAUCCGAUAACAUGGGAUGUUCUGGGAGAACAUGCACAAGGAACUCAGCAUCUGCUGAGCCCCUCAGUCUGUUGAUUGACUGUUGAAUCUCGGACUGUUGAACAUAAUCAUAAGGCUCCUAUGGACUUCCAGAGGUAUGAGAGAACUCUUGGCUCCAAUGGGGAUAAAGAAUUUGGUCUGUUGACUUGUGAAAGAACAGGAGGUUGGUAGUACUUGAGGCAUUUUGAACCCAUGUGCUUCUCUGAGUCACUGUGUUCAAAGACAAAUUUAGUUACAGCUGAAUUCUACUGACCCUUGCUAAGGUUGAGUUGUGUCCUACAAAAUUUGUGUGUCUUAUGCAGCACAGACCAUGCAGGCAAUUAAAUACCAAUGCAUUUGUCAGGGAAACUGUUAUACGGAUUCUGUUUAAACUCUCUUUUCUCCCACAGAUACUAUAGCUUAGGGUUUGGUCAUUGUUCAGUAAAUACAAGAUCAGAAAUAUGAUGAUCUAUGUUUCCCGGGUUAGACAGAAACAAAAUACAGGAAUAAGUGGAGAUAAUGGCAGUUAAAGAUGUGCUCUAUCCGAUUGUUUCUACCACUAUCUCCUCUCUAGGUUGGUUUUGUUUUGUUUUGUUUUUUUCUCUUUAUUAUACUAAUGAAUCCUGUAUGAUUCUUCUUUGUGAUCUGCUCGCCAUACCUUCUUGUACCUGUAACUGUUACACUAUGACUAUUGCCUUGUCCUUUCAUGUCUCUGGUUUCAAAUCUUUCUUGAAACACCUUUCUCUCUGCAACCUGCAGCUGACAACUUGCAGUAGUAUUAUCAGUUUUGUUUAUUUUUUUUUUUAAAUAUCAAAAGAACCCCUAGGCAGAUGAUCUAGUCCUGGUAUCUGAAGUAUGUCAUUGUUACACAGCCUCGCUUGUCACCAGUUUCUAAAAGGCAAUAUAUUCUAACAGUUUUCUGGAAACCACCUUGAGAGUGCAAUGUUAGAAAUAAUUAGGGGAUGUCUUUAAUAAAGAAAGUUUUUAUUAUUUUCUUCCUAUAUUUGUUCACUCUGUGUUUGAAGUAACUAUCUUACAGCUUUGGCCCGCAGUUUCUCUUUGUGAGACCACAGAUCCUCUCCUCCCUCCCCUUGCAGAAAGGAUUCACGUCCCCACUCCCAGGAGGGGAUUAGGUUUGCUUAGGUUAACAUCUGGCUUGUUUAAUUAUUUUACAUUUCUUUAUACUUAGACCACUCACCAAGCUGGAUUAAUUACUUUACACGUGCAUUUUUUCUUCUGACUAUUAGUGCUACUUAGCUUUAUUUUCUCCUAAUCUUUCCUCUGAUCUCUGUCUCUACCAACGGGGGUCGUAAGGCAGGGACUCGCCACAGCCGUAAUGCCGUGCUUCUGUGUUGUUAAACACUGAGACAACUACUUGGACUCCCAUGACCUGGCAGGCUGCAAGACACACACGUGGUUUGUUCUAGGAUGAAAUAUUUCUUGUCCUGUUUAUGCUUUGCUUCUUUACAGUAACCCACAUUGUUUAAAUGAGAUCGCUGGAAUGCAGAGCAUGCCAUAUUACAUUGAAUUAUCAUCUGAGGGAUUAGGGCUUCUUUGAGUUGGUACUUUGAUGUGGUCAGCUUUUGGUCAGCUGCUGCAGUUGAAAAUCAGAUGGAAACUUGCAUAAUGGAGUCCAGCAUUCUGUUACAGUUCUCAACAUUUAACUGCUAACCCGUAAGAGAAGGGGAAGGUUUUUUUCUUCUUUUUUUUCCUUUUUUUUUCUGAAGUCAAUGUUUUAUCGGUUCUUUCUAUAUUGUAACUGUUAGGCUUAGGCUGCAGAACUGUAGCCAAUACGGGAGGAAGGUAACUCUCACUCAGAGCUGUUCUUUCCGUCUCAGCCAGAACAUAGUCAAUCGAGGGUCCUGCCAUGGUUGCUAGAGAUACGCUACACAUUGCUAUCGGAUUAAAUCCAGCCCUUGGAACUGCACAGGCAAAGGGAUUUUAAAAACGCGCAUUAGAGAAAAAGACAAAUUAAUUAUUACAUUUCAUAUUUCUUAAUGAAAUCUGAUUGUUAAAGCUUGUAUUUCUGGGGGGGAAAAAAAAGUGCAAAACUUAAAAAUGAAGUUUUUUUGACAGAAUGUAGUGUUUGGAAAGAAUAAUAUACAUUGCACCUGUUAGUGUAACAUGUCAGUAAGCUACUGAACACGUAGCACACAGAGAAGGAAAUCAGCUGCCUCUUUUCCCAAACAGACAUUUUUAAAUGAUGCUAAUUUCAUUUUGUGGGUUCUGUGCAGCCGUGAACACAUGCCCUCCUGCGGGGCUGCUGGCUUUGGCAAAAACUCAAGCAUUCGUAUGAAACAUUUUACUUCAUAUUUAUAGUUUGGAGAGUUUGGACACUUCUAAAGGAGCUAUUUUCUGACUGUGAAAUACAAAUACAAAUUCACUGCAACAUCCUUCAAGGCAGCUUUAAAUAAAAUGAAUAAAAAAAAAAUGAGUGAUCCAUAAAAUAACCAUUGGGAGCUUUGGUGAGUCUGAAUAUCUAUCAGCAAGUAUGGCAUUAAGAUUUCUUUCUCUCACAUGUGUUCAACUGUUUUAAGUUUUUAAAGGCUGUGUAUCCUCAAGGACUUCAGAAGAUUAAUGUUCAAAGUACGCUGGUGUUUGUGGUACAAACUGAUUUUUCUCAUGCUCAAAAAGUGUUGUGUAUGUCUUACAUAAAGAGAAGGAAAAUAAAACUCACCUGCCAGAAAGAGAAGUAGAUACAAGGCGUUUCUGGCGGCUGGAAAUCCACUGUACUUUGGAAAAAAACAGUGGCUAAACACAACUGCCAUUCUCAUCCUGUUGAAGCACAAUGGUUUGAUGCUCGCCUUUUGUACCAUUAUAAUUAUUUAAUGACAGCUAAAGCAUCAGUACCUGAGAGGUGCAGUGUCAAAUAUACCCUCUCCUCUCUGCUGCAAGGGCUGACAACUAGCAGAACUUCAGCCCUGACACUCAUGUGGGGCUAAAGUAGCUUUAAACAGCAAAGGUCAGGCACUACAUUCACCUUGCACUGGUUCGGCAUCAGUCGGCCUUUGAGACAUAAUUUAAUUUUGCUUCACUUAGUCUCGUCAUGAGCAGAAUUUCUAUAACUGGAAUUCAUCUAAAUGUUCAUUUACAUCAUUUUACUUUAUACAGAAUGCAAAUGUUCUUUACUUUCUAAUUAUGCUUUAAUUUCUAAGCAUUAAUUUUUAAUCCAUAUUUAUGUAUUUAAUUCAUUUAUUCUUUACAACAGGAUACCCUGAAAUGUCUACAGCCUUUCUGUAUCACCCAGAAAGGGACAAAAUAUAUACAUUUUUGACAAAAUUUAGUGUUUGGAAAGAAUAAUAUACAUGGCACCUGUUAGUGUAACAUGUCAGUAAGCUACUGAACAUGUAGCACACAGAGAAGGAAAUCAGCUGCCUCUUUUCCCAAACAGACAUUUUUAAAUGACUACUACUACUGAUACGAAGGAGGCAAACGAAAGCCUACCCUUUGCAUGGAAGCUCUGCAAAUGCUGCCCCUGUUUUCAUUAGCUCAGUUAAAGCUCUCCCCUUAUCUCCUCGCACUGCCACAAACUAUCCACCACCGUAAGAAGACAGCGUUA